UUCGUUGUAUUGCUGUCAACAACAGAGGGACGAAUGAAGAAAAGGAGGAAUUUAGCAAAGAAUUGAUAGACAAGGUAAGAUGCAUGGUUGACGGAAAUGGAGGCGAAUGCUACACAAAUGAGAUGUACCAGAGAUGUGAAGCUGAUAUUCGGGAAGCUGUGAAGAAUGAAAAACUUGAAGAAAAGAGGCAGAUGCUACUCGAGGAGAAACUGAAAAAAGAAGCCGCUGCCAUGGAAGAAGAGUUAAAAAGACAGCAUAGUCAAAUGCAAGAAAAGGUGAUACAAUUUGAAAAAGAACGUAAAGAAAGGGACGAAGUAGAUCGGUUGAGAAGACAACUAAAAGCCGUAGAACUGAGAGAAAAGGAAGAAGAGAAGAGACGUCUGGAUGAAGAAAAGAAACGACAGGCAGAGCAUGAUGAAGCGUUGGAAAACAUGGAAAGAAAGCUUCAGAAACAGAUGCAUAUUGAGCAGAAACAGAUGGAAGAAGAAUUUGAACGUAGGAAUGAAGAGCUGCAACUUGAACAGGCUCGUAAACAGAUACGAGAAAAGAUUGAAGGUGGUGACACUAGUAUCUUGAAGCGUUUUUGGAGAUGGCUGAAGGAGACAUUUUUCUCGUGGAUUACCUAA